AAGAGACUAGUCGGCUUAUUAGUUCUCGUAGUGUUUUGCUUUGUGAUUUCCAAGGACAAACAAGUACUUAAGUUCGAAUACAAAGCAAAAUAUUUAAAUAAAGUGACAAAACCGAACUUUGGUUCAAAAUAAUCGCUCGAGGAAAUUGUCAAAAAUACACAACAAUGAAAAAAUCCCCUCUUUUGACUUGAACGAAUAGCGUUCCACGUGUUAUCUAAUAAUUCUCGUAUUGUGCGGUUUAUUUUCAUUUGAAUCGUGAAAGGCUAGUAAGCCACCUCGAGUGCCAGAUUUUGUGCCCAUAUAUUUUGGAUCAAUCGACGCGAUGGACCUAAGACAGGACGAUGAAGCUUCCAAGGACCCAGCGGCGGAGAAAGCCGUCCUGUCCUUCGACGAGGACGACUUUGAAGGUCAUCGAGCACACAGUGUUUUCGUCGGAGUUCAUGUUCCUGGUGAACGAAAACACUCACAUCGACGACGUAGACAUCACCACAGAGACUCCUUCUCUGGCCCUACCUCACAGGAUAACAGGCCCAGCACCCCUCCCUCCCAGCGCGUCCAGUUCAUCCUCGGCGAAGACGUCGACGAUGAGAAGCACGAAAGCCACCCCCUCUUCUCCGAGAUGGAGGAGCUCGUCACCGAAGGCGGCGACAUGGAGUGGAAGGAAACGGCGCGUUGGAUCAAAUUCGAGGAAAACGUGGAGGAAGGAGGCAACCGUUGGUCCAAGCCCCACGUGGCCACCCUCUCCUUGCACUCGCUGUUCGAGCUGCGCAGCCUCAUCCUCAACGGCACCGUCCUCCUGGACCUGGAGGCCACCUCCAUGGAGCAGAUCGCCGACCUGGUGCUCGACAGCAUGAUCAACAGUGGCCUGCUCGCCAACGACAAGAGGGACAAGGUGAAGGAGGCGCUGUUGAAGCGCCACCGACACCAGCACCAGCGCAAGGACCACGUCCUGCCGCUGAUUCGCUCCUUCGCCGAGAUGAGGAACCACUCCACGUCGAAAAGAGGAUGUGUUAGUUUAGGGUGUGUUAGACCGCCGCGGCCGAAGGAAACGAGAAAAAAGAAUGAAUUGAUUCCAGUCGAAGAGCACACCUUCAGCGAACACACUACAGAACGAUUUCUCACUGUACCUGGACAGGGCUCCGUCGACAAGCCCCGCAUCCUCAAAAGCGCCAGCAACGUCUCCAUGAACCGCAACUACAGCACCAGCGAUCUGGGCUCCAUGAACGGAGACCUCCACCAACACAACCUCCACUUCAUGCGGAAGAUCCCUCCAGGGGCAGAAGCCAGCAAUAUUUUAGUCGGUGAAGUCGACUUCAUCGACAAGACACUCUCGGUGUUCAUCCGACUCAACUCAGCGGUGAAUUUAGGAGACUUGACUGAAGUUCCGGUGCCCACGAGGUUCCUGUUUGUGCUUUUGGCACCGGUGUCGGCCUCCACCGGGUAUCACGAGAUCGGGAGGGCCAUGGCGACGCUCAUGUCGGACGAAAUCUUCCAUGAAGUGGCAUACAGGGCCCGAAACACGAGCCACCUGUUGGCCGGAAUCGACGAAUUCCUGGACGCCGUGACCGUUCUACCUCCCGGGGAGUGGGACCCCGCCAUCCGGAUCGAGCCCCCAGCGGCCAUCCCGUCGCAGGACGUCCGGAAGCGCCCCCCGGAGAAGCAGCCGGAAGAGCCCGACGAGGAAGAAGAGGAGCAAAGAAUCCGGGAGGAGUCGGGACUCGCCCGGAGCGGGAUCCUGUUCGGGGGGCUGAUCAACGACGUCAAACGCAAAGUACCCUUCUACUGGUCGGACUUCAAGGACGCUUUUGCGACCCAAUGCAUCGCCUCUUGGAUUUUCCUCUACUUUGCCUGCCUGUCCCCGAUCAUCACCUUCGGGGGGCUGCUGGCGCAGGCCACUGGCGGGAACAUGGCCGCCAUGGAGUCGCUGGUCUCCGGGUUCGUGUGCGGGAUGGGUUAUGGGUUCUUUUCGGGUCAGCCGUUGACCAUUCUGGGCUCGACUGGGCCGGUGCUGGUGUUUGAGACGAUAGUUUACGAUUUUUGUAUGUCGGUGGGUUGGGACUAUUUGUCGUUUAGGUUCUGGAUCGGGACUUGGACAGCGAUUAUUUUGCUCGUCUUGGUGGCGAUUGAUGCGAGUGCACUUGUCUGUUACAUUACUAGGUUUACGGAAGAGAACUUCGCCACGCUGAUUGCCUUUAUUUUUAUUUAUAAGGCCGUGGAAAAUGUGGCUCUUAUUGGGAAAAACUUCCCUCUCAAUACAAGUGGAAAGAGGGCCUUAGAUUAUAAUUGCUCGUGCAGCGCCAAUCAGAGUGUUGCUAUGAGAGACCCGUAUUGGGGGAACUGGAGCAUUCCAAGCAAAAAUUAUUGUGAGAUUACAAACGGAACUUUGGAAGGAACCGGCUGUGAAACCCCGCCAUACGUCCCCGACGUAUUCCUCAUGUCAAUUCUGCUGUUCCUUGGAACGUUCCUCCUCUCCAUCGAACUGAAAGACUUCAAGAACGCUCUCUUCUUCCCCUCCAAAGUCCGUCAAUUCAUCAGCGACUUCGCCGUCAUCAUCGCCAUCCUCUCCAUGAGCCUCAUCGACCUGAAAGUGGGCGUUCCCACCCCCAAGCUGGAGGUCCCCCACGACUUCAAGCCCACCCUCCCGACGCGCGGCUGGCUCAUCCCCCCGUUCAACGGCAACCCCGUCUACUCCGUGUUCCUGGCCAUUCCCCCGGCCCUCCUCGGCACCAUCCUCAUCUUCAUGGACCAGCAGAUCACCAGCGUGAUCGUCAACCGCAAGGAGCACAAGCUGAAGAAGAAGUGCGGCUACCACUUGGACCUCUUCAUCUUGGCCAUCCUGAUCCAGGUCUGCUCGGUGAUGGGGCUGCCGUGGUUUGUGGCCGCCACGGUGCUGUCCAUCAACCACGUCAACUCGCUGAAGCUGGAAAGCGAGUGCUCGGCGCCCGGGGAGAAGCCCCAGUUCUUGGGGGUGCGCGAGCAGAGGGUCACCCAUAUUCUUAUUUUCUUGACUAUUGGGUUGUCCGUCUUUCUGACGCCGAUUUUGGGGCACAUUCCCAUGCCGGUGCUGUUUGGAGUCUUCCUCUACAUGGGGAUUGCCUCCUUGAAAGGGCUACAGUUCUUCGACAGGAUUCUGAUCAUGCUUAUGCCCAACAAGUACCAACCGGACUACAUGUUCUUGCGACAGGUGCCAAUAAAGCGCGUCCACCUCUUCACCCUCAUCCAACUGACGUGUUUGGCGUGCCUCUGGACGAUCAAAUCCUUCAGCACCACUUCGAUCCUGUUCCCCCUGAUGUUGGUGGUGAUGAUCGGCAUUCGCAAAUCCCUCGACCUCAUCUUCACGCGUCGAGAAUUGAAGAUUUUAGACGAUAUAAUGCCGGAAAUGACAAAGCGAAACCAGAUGCUUAAAGAUGACGAGACCGAUUCUGAAAAAGGCCAGCUCGAGAUUGAACCCGCCGGCAACCUGAAAAUUCCCCUGGCAAACGGUAACGUCAUGAACAUUCCGCUCUCGGCCAUCAAUAUAUCGGAAGAAGUCAACAAGACCAGCAUCUGGAAGCAAGUCAACAAGAACAACACGCGACCUAUUGAGAAAGAAAAAAAGAAAAGUCCCAUCGGAACCGGCCGCUUCAAGAAGAAGAAACAGAGCAAACGAGACGAGAAGCAGGAGAAAGCCAAACUGGAAAAACGGCUGUCCAUCAUGAACGAAGAAGAGGAAGAUGAUGGGAUUACAAUUAAGGUGACGGACACUUCUCUACACAUUUAAACACAAACACGAGCACUUAACAUUAACCCUCUUGCACGUAAAUACUAACCUAUUACAGUGCGAACAGUUUAAAGAUAUGCCUAGGAAAGAGAGGAGGAAGAGCAAACAAGAUUCUGACGAAACACAUGUCUGAAGCAAUAACACACUAUACACGGUGGUGUAAAUACAUAUUUAAGUAGUUAUUUCUGUUCUGAUGCUUCAUUUAUCAGUUAUGAUCAGUGUUGCCAAAGUUUUAUUCAGUGUAUCCCGUGCUAUAUUUUGGGAAAAGUACGUUAUUUUCGAAUCAAUUACUGACAAGUUAACUAAGUGUACAUCAUGGAAAAUAAAUGUUUAGUACAAAGCA